AGUAUGCUGCCCUAUUUUUCGUUUCUUUCCUCUGCUUUCCAGAGGAGCCCUCUUUCCUCCCCUGUUUUGCCGAGAACAGUGACUGCAUUUGAGCAGUCCAUUUCCUCCCAUUUUCUCUUGGUUCUUCCACUAAAAUCAACAAUAGCUUUUAGGGAAAAGCCAACAGACAAUGCCCCAUAACCACUGCCACUUGCACUACAACUAUGCAUUGGCCAUUGCUGCUGUUCUCUUGAGUUUUUCUCUACAGUUGGCGCAGUGCCAAGUCGACGACGACUACAACCCUACCUUACUCCCUCUCCUCACUCAGGCCGUCUACGGUCGACUCUCCAACCUCACCUCCACCAUUCUCAGCGCUCCCUUCACUAAGAACGCUAGCUUCUGCAUCAAGGAUCCGGAGGUUGAAUGGGACCGAGCUUUCAAUUACUCUUCUAAUUUGACUUUUCUGAGUUCUUGCAUUCAGAAAACUAAUGGAGAUAUGUCACGACGCUUGUGUACUGCAGCAGAAGCAAAGUUCUACUUUAACAAUUUUGUUGGAGGGGGAUCAGGAGUUUUGCCUAACAAAAACUGCAAUCUAACCUCUUGGGUUCCUGGUUGCGAGCCAGGUUGGGCAUGUAGUGUUAACUCAACUGUGCAGGUUAGCCUCAACGAAUCCGAGGACAUACCGUCUAGAACUCUUGAUUGUCAGGCGUGUUGUGAAGGGUUUUUCUGCCCUAAGGGUCUUACAUGCAUGAUACCAUGCCCAUUGGGUUCCUAUUGCCCGCUUGCAACGCUCAACAAAGCCACUGGCAUGUGUGAUCCAUACCUUUACCAGCUACCUCCUGGACAGCCGAAUCACACUUGUGGUGCCGCUAACAUCUGGACAGAUGUUGCUCGUAGUAGUGAAGUAUUCUGUUCAGCAGGAUCGUAUUGUCCUACAAGUAUCCAACAAGUUUCAUGCAGUAGCGGGCAUUACUGCCGGAUGGGUUCUAUAUAUGAGAAACGGUGCUUCAAGUUGACGUCGUGUCAUGCAGACACUGUGUAUCAGAAUAUUCAUGUGUAUGGAAUUAUGUUGAUAGCAGCUUUAGCUACUAUCCUGCUUAUUAUUUAUAAUUGUUCUGACCAAGUUCUCAGCACUCGGGAAAGAAGACAUGCCAAAUCCAGGGAAGUAGCAGCGAGAAGUGUGAGGCAGAAAACACAGGCACAUGAGAGGUGGAAAUCUGCGAAAAAUGCUGCCAUGAAGCAUGUUAGAGGCUUCCAUAGUCAGUUAUCUCGUACAUUUUCUCGUAGAAAAACACUGACAUCUAUUGAGGAACUCAGGAUUUUCAGUCAAACUGACAUUGAGAUAGCUGAUGAUCUAUGCCCGACUACGCAUGCAUUUAUUUUGAGUUCCUCAGAGCAGUCAUCUGCUGCAAUAGGAGGAAAGAAGAAAGAACCCAGUGACCUAAUGACGGGGAUACAUGCAACUGAAGAUGGUCCUGAUAUUUGCAAUGAUACCACUAUUCAGGUAGAAGAUAAAAAUGUACAAAGGCCAUUGCCAAAGAAAAAACAAUUACAUUCUGAUAGUCAGAUUUUCAAAUAUGCAUAUGGUCAACUAGAGAUAGAAAAAGCUAUGCAGCAACAAAACCUUACCUUCUCAGGAGUUAUUUCAAUGGCUACCAAUCCUGAGAUUAGGAAAAGGCCCAUAAUUGAGGUUUCCUUUAGAGACCUUACUCUUGCUCUGAAAGGGAACAACAAACAUCUUUUAAGGUGUGUUACAGGGAAAAUCGUGCCUGGCCGCAUUGCUGCUGUCAUGGGUCCUUCUGGGGCUGGGAAAACUACAUUCCUUUCUGCUUUGGUGGGAAAAACAGUUGGAUGCAAGAUGACUGGUUCAAUUCUGAUAAAUGGAAAGAAUGAAUCAAUCCGCUCGUACAGAAAAAUUAUUGGUUUUGUGCCACAGGAUGAUAUUGUGCAUGGAAAUUUGACUGUGGAAGAGAAUCUCUGGUUCAGUGCUAGGUGCAGAUUAUCUGCAAACUUGCCGAAGGCGGAUAAGGUUCUCAUUGUUGAAAGAGUCAUCGAGGAGUUGGGGUUGCAAGCAGUGCGGGAUUCCUUGGUUGGAACAGUAGAGAAGCGAGGAAUAUCAGGAGGCCAAAGGAAGCGAGUAAAUGUUGGCCUGGAAUUGGUAAUGGAACCAUCACUUCUAAUCUUAGAUGAACCCACCUCGGGUUUGGAUAGUUCGUCUUCCCUGCUACUUCUAAGAGCGCUUCGACGUGAAGCUCUUGUAGGGGUCAAUAUCUGCAUGGUUGUCCACCAACCUAGCUACACCUUGUUCAAUAUGUUUGAUGAUUUAAUACUUCUAGCCAAAGGUGGCCUUACCGUGUAUCAUGGACCCGUGAAGAGAGUUGAAGAGUAUUUUGCAGGCCUUGGAAUCAAUGUACCGGAGCGUGUGAAUCCUCCCGACCAUUUUAUCGAUGUAUUGGAGGAUAUAGUUAAGCCGUCUACAAGUUCAAGCAUAAGUUCCAGAGAGCUUCCCGUACAAUGGAUGCUUCAUAAUGGUUAUGUGGUGCCCCCAGAUAUGCAGCAAAAUUCAGCUGGAAUUGCCAUCCUCUCUUCACGAGUAACUCUACAUAACCAAGUAGAUAGUGAUGCUACACUUGAGGAACAAUCUUUUGCUAGAGAAGUAUGGCAGGAUAUGAGACGUAAUGUGGAGCUUCAGCGGGAUAUCAUACGCCACAAUUUCUUGAGGUCUAGGGACUUGUCCAAUCGGAGAACCCCUGGUGUUCUUCUGCAGUACAAGUACUUUAUUGGGAGGGUUGUCAAGCAGCGUUUACGAGAAGCUAGAAUCCUUGCGGUGGAUUUUCUGAUAUUGUUACUUGCCGGGGCCUGUUUAGGAUCCCUGAUUAAAGCAACAGAUGCGACAUUUGGAGCACCCGUUUAUACCUAUACCAUUAUUGCCGUCUCUCUUCUGUGUACAAUUUCGGCUUUAAGAUCAUUUUCUCUUGACAAGUUACAAUAUUGGAGAGAGAGUGCUUCUGGCAUUAGCAGCUUGGCUCAUUUUCUUUCCAAGGACACAAUAGACCAUCUUAAUACAGUGAUUAAGCCUGCGGUGUUUCUCUCAAUGUUCUAUUCCUUCACCAACCCUAGAUCUUCUUUCUCAGAUAAUUACGUUGUACUUUUAUGUCUGGUGUAUUGUGUUACUGGGAUCGGCUACACACUGUCCAUCUUCCUUGAACCUGGCCCAUCCCAAUUGUGUGCUGUGCUUCUUCCUGUGGUUUUGACUCUGAUCUCAACUCAAACGGGAGAUGGUACGUUUGUAAAGAACCUAGCAAACUUGUGCUACCCAAAAUGGGCUUUGGAAGCAUUCGUAGUUGCAAAUGCCGAAAGGUACUCCGGAGUAUGGAUUAUAACUCGUUGUGGUUUGCUCAUGAAAAUGGGCUAUAGCCUUGCUGGUUGGGGCCGCUGUAUAUCCUUCCUCAUCCUGGCAGGCGUUGUCACUCGUGCUAUAGCUUUUGUUGGCAUGCUCACCUUCAAAAGGAAACACUGAGAAUUCAAGCCACUAGUUAUGUCAUUCUAUUUGAACCCUAAAAAGCUGAAACAAAACGCAAGUUUUGAGAAUUUGAGAAUCACAUGCUAUAUACCCUGCAAAAUGAAGAUCAUUAUGGGACCUUCCAAUAGUUUUUUGUUUUUUAUAACUGGGUGUCUAGGUUAGCUUAUGUGCAUCUCAACUAGGUCCUUCAGAUAGUAAGAUAAGGUACUGUCUUUUUUCUCUUUCUUUGUCCAAAUCAUUCUUUAUAAACCCUUGGUGUAUCAUUGUGUUUAGGUAUAAGGGAAUCUUUGCUAUUGAGACAUUAACCUUGUGUCCAAAAACAUUUGUUUUGUUGUAUUGGAAAGUGGAAUAGGUGUUGGGAGAGGAAGGAAGAUGUUGUCACUCAGAGUGUGAAAAGUGUACUAUUCAAUAAGUUAUGUCAUAUUUAUUGUGCAUAAUGAUUGAAAUCAAUGAUUAUCGUGUUUGGAUUACUGGGGGAUA